AUGCCGGCGGAGUUAGCAGCGGUGGUGGAGAGAAGCCUCGCUGCUGCCUUGACUCGCCACCAGCAGCUGGAGGAGCUGCUCUCGCAGCCGGACACGUCAGCAGAUGACCUGGCGAGAGCUGGCAAGGAGAUGAGUGAUCUGGCGCCAGCUGUCGCAAUCGCACUGGAGCUGCAGAAGAAGACAAAGGAGCUAGAAGACUUGCACGCCCUAUUAAAGGGACAAGGCCAGCCUUCUAACGAGGACAAAGACACAAACGCAGGGAAGAAGGGAGGCGACAGGGAGGCGAACGAGGAGGAUGAGGAGUUGAGAGCGAUGGUGUGGGAAGAGAUUGGGGUGGUGGGUGGGGAGAGGGAGGCGCUGCUGCGGAGUGCAGUGAGGCGGAUACUGCCAAAGGAUGAGGCGGACAGCAGAGGAUGCAUUGUGGAGGUGCGAGCAGGCACAGGUGGGGACGAGGCAGCCCUCUUUGCUGCUGACGUGUUUCAAAUGUACCAGCGCUUCUGUGCUAAACGGGGGUGGCAGUUUGAAGUUCUGGACGUCACCGAGAUUGAAAAGGGCGGAUACAAGGAAGCGAGCGCGAGCGUGUCAGGGGAGGGCGUGUUUGGGAGGCUCAAGUGGGAGAGUGGCGUGCACAGGGUGCAGAGGGUACCGACCACUGAGAAAUCGGGGAGAGUGCACACGAGUGCUGCUACCGUAGCGGUGUUGCCCCAAGCUGAUGAGGUGGACGUGCUAAUCCGCCAGGAGGACCUGCGUAUCGACACGUAUCGCAGUGGAGGGUGUGGAGGGCAGUCGGUGAACACGACCAACAGUGCCGUGCGUGUCACCCACGUGCCGUCCGGGCUGGUGGUGGCGAUUCAGGACGAGCGGUCUCAACACAUGAACAAGGCCAAGGCCCUCAAGGUUCUCAGAGCACGGCUGUUUGACCUGCAGAGGAAGGAAGCAGAGGCGUCUCGGUCACAGCUGAGACAUGGGCAGAUCGGUUCCGGCGAUCGCUCGGAACGAAUCCGCACGUACAACUUCCCACAGGGCCGAAUCACGGACCACCGCGUGGGACUCACGCUGCACUCGCUGCCACAGGUGUUGCAAGGGGAGGGCCUGGAAACAUUCAUAGAGGCGCUGGAGGCAGCAGCAGAGAAGGAGGCGAUAGAUGGCCUGGCCAAGGCAGGGUAG